CUCAUAUAUCAAAUAUCGCACUGUUAUAAUUAUUUUACAAAAGCUCAAGAACGUCAAAGAGACAAGAGAUAAAAAAAUGAAACUCUCCGUUUUUCUCUCAUUUCUCUUCAUUACUUUCCUAUACUUGAAAGGAAUACACUCACAGGCAAAGAAAAAAACAACAACGACAGAUAAGUCAUGGCUCGGUAAAGGAUACCUUGGUAUACCUUUACAUGAGGAGAAGAAGAAGAAACCCUUUAAUUUGGGGAAAAAGGAUUUGGUUCCUGUAAAAAAGUUAGUUCCACUAAAACCGAAGUUAACUGGAUCCAUCGAUGAACCUUUCAUAGGUAAAGACAAAAGUAAAAUUGCACCAAAGAAAAAGCCGAUUGAUGGUGGUAUAAAAAAAUCGCAUACAAAAUCAAAAAAAAUGACACCAAAUGAAAUAUGGGCGAAACUCAGUCACAUUUCAUCUUAUGACGAUCUUUUCAAAACGUUUCCUGUUGACAAAAAAAUAAAUUACAGGAAAGUGACAAUCCCUAAGAAAAGGAUGAAGCAGAUAACAGAUUAUAGCAAGGACACUCAGGAAGAAGUGGGAUAUGUUUUCAGCGAUACAAGUGGCAAUGUUCUUUCUGCUGAUUCAACUGGUACAUCUGGUGCAACAACAUUUAAGCAAUUUGAAUGCAUUCCUCGCCCAAAAGUCGUUGAAAUCCCCAUCUCUGCUGAUGGUGCUUUUUGGCCGGCCUGUACAGAAAUAUUGCAGUGUGGUGGAUGUUGUACGCAUUUGGAGUAUAAAGAAUGCACGCCGACAGCGCUAGAAAACAAGACCACAACAGUUCUUUUAAUUCCCUACAGCGGCGAGAUGGUGAGAGUACACAAUGUUUACAUGUUACAGCACAGUGCAUGUCGUUGUUCCUGCCGUAUCAAGCCUAGUGAUUGCAAACCUCGGCAGACACAUGAUGAAAACACGUGCGCGUGCGAGUGCUUAAAGGAAAAGCUUAUUUGUCCAGUAUGGAAGCAGUGGUCUGAUGAUGAUUGCGACUGCGUUUGUAAACAAAACCACCAAUCAUGUGUAUCAUCCAAAGUUUGGAGCACAGAGACCUGUCAGUGUGUCUGUCCCACUCAUCCUGCGUGUCCCAGUGGAUUUGUUCGCGAUCCUAACACCUGCUACUGCUUGAAGUUGAGUGUGUGAUGGAAAUCAAUGGUAAAGAUGUGAAUGUGUGAAAAUAAAGCAAACUUGAUAUUUUUAUAACAUUAUAUCGUAACGAAUUUGUAUUAAAGACAUUUUGUAUUAAAAAUAUAUACUUUUAAACGCAAA